GCCAUUUGCAAUCCAGCUUCUUUGUGCGCACAUCCUCUGCUUUGGAGCUGAUUCCAAAUCCCUCUCCAUGGCUCGCUCCAAGAAAACCACACGCCACGGCGCAUCCGCUUUUGCUGCUCCCUCCUCCUGCGCUGCGCACUCAUCCUCUGAAGAACAGUCACAUGGAGGCCUGGAGGAAGUUUUCUGGGGGCGCUCCAAGUUCAAUGCCGCGGAUCAUCGCAAGAUCAAGAGGCAAGGUUUGCUUCUGGACAAAAAAGCUUUCAUCUUUCCUUCUGAUGAGGUCGUUCCCAUGCAAAAGGAUGGGUGGAGGGUCGUUUUCUCCGCUUAUCUUCAGCGCGGGCUCGCCUUCCCCGUGCAUGACUUUUUGCGCGGUUUGCUGUUUUACUACGGCAUUCAGUUGCAUCAUCUCACCCCCAACUCCCUUCUUCAUAUUUCAAUUUUCAUUACUCUCUGCGAAUCUUUCCUCGGCAUCCAUCCCCACUCCGGGCUCUGGAAGUGCUAUUAUCAACUCUGCCGUUCCACCACUCGCGACGCCAACGCUGACGUUGGCUCGGUGUUUCUUAGAUUGAGGAACGGCACCAACUACUUUACCCUGAAACUCGCGGACUCUGUCCAAGGGUGGAAGAAUAAGUGGCUGUAUGUCGUGGAGAAAAAGAGCAAGAACCAGAAGAACUUGCUUCCUCCCUUCAAGGCCGGAGCCAGUGUGCCCAAGAGAAGAUCUUGGGAUGAAGAAAACACCAAAGAUGAAGAAGCUGAGAUCAAGUACUUCGUCGAUAAAAUUCAAUAGCUUCAGACAAAGCAAGGUCGGGAAUUAUCGGGCGUUCAACUGACAACGCACUUUCUGCGGAUCCGCAUCGCUCCCCUUCAAGCUCGCGCUGGAGGAAUGUGGACGUAUGCUAGAAACAAUGAUAGUGACCGCAUUGGUCCGGAUCUUGUUGGCGAUGAAUUCGACGCACCGGUGCGUUGCUUGACCAAGCUGACGAAGAAAAAUCCAGUACCCGAGAAGUGCUUGAUCACUCCAUACGGCAAUGGCUGUGCCUUAUCAGCAAGGCAUGUUACUUUGAUGGAAUAUCCUCCCCUGCCCGAAGGGGAAGAGGUAUCCGAAAUGGAGCUUGUUGAUGAAGAAGAGCCCGCGGAUUCCAAGGCCCCGACCAAGGAAAAUGAAGCGGCCAAAGAUCCCGCAGAGUCUGAAGAUGCUGCUGAUGCUUCCUCCGAGGAGAAAGGUACCGCGAAUAGAGACGAAAUAUCUCCCCUGCUGUCAGCUCCCCUGAGAACCGUAAGCUCAUAAGGGCGGACGAUGAAGAAGACUCUUCCACCUCUCACCAUGUCGAAAGGUCCCCAGAGGCCGCACCUUUCGAUAUGCUCAAUGUAGCUAUGGGCGUUGACUCCGAGGACGAAUCCGCGGCUGAUGUGCAAAAUGUCACAAGUGCCGAAAGAAGUCCCCCGAAGUCUCCUCCCCUGCUCGAAGAAAAGGCUGACUGCGAAAAGUAGGAUGAUGCCCCGAAGAUUUUGGUUGCGCCCAGUCCUAUUGUGCCCAAGAAAGCUCGACAUCAGACCAGCCAAGCUGGUAAGGGCUUGAUUAUGUCCGAGAAAUCCUCUGCUCCUCCGUUGGAUGAUAUGCUGGUGAUGGAAUACAUGGGCCUAGCGUCGCAGGCUGUUACCUUCCGCGAGGAAGCCAAACUUCUCGAGCGCUCUCUCCAAACUGCUCAAGAGCGAAUAUCAACGUUAGAGCAAAAGUUGACCGAAGCUACCAAUGCCCGCGAAAUUGCAGAAGCCAAGGCUCAAGGGUAUGCUGAUCUCCAAGCUCGCGUACAAAAGGCUGCCGAAGAAAAAUGCGCUAAGAUGGAAAAAACUUCGGCUGACAGAGAAAUCCUCGAGCAUGAUGCUUCCUCUCGCAUUAAGAAGCUUUCGAGGGAUUUGCACGGUCAAAACCUUGGCACCGGAUACAGUGAACUGCAGGAGCGCGAUGACGAUUCUCUCCCAGAUUCGUUGUCCGUUCUUGAAGUUCAUGUGUCAUUUGCUGUCAAGGCGCUCGCCUGUGCCCGCAAAGUCUUCCGGCGCUUGCACACAGUUAUUUUCCCGGACCCCCAGAAGAAGGCGCCCGAAGCUCUUGAAAGCUUCGGAUUAACAUUCCUUGACGCUGAAGAUCCCAUCCUCGGAUUCCGCCGCUCGACGACCAAGGCUGGGGUUGAAGUUACGAUCGCUCUUGUGGGGCAUAGCCGCCAAGAAAUUGACUGGGUGAAGGUUGCCAACGCCGAAGGUCUGAAUGUAGACAAAUAUCGGGCACUCCUCAAGGGCGCGAAGAAAUUCUCGCGAGGAAUAUUGCAAAUCAUAAAUCCUUCGGCGACGUCGACAAGUAGUGCGGCCGCAAAAAGUGCAACUCCAACCGCCAGCGCCCGCACUGAGCCUUACGUCGAUGAAUUUCAUCCUUCGACCACUCCCUCUGACGCUGAUUGUGGUAUGACUAAGUCGCAAAAUAAUCUCGAGGGCUCUACCUCGAAAAUUUCUUCGAAUUUCGAAGCACACGAUCCUGAAGUAGAAAAUCUUUGA